UUACCGAGCUCGAGCUGGCAGUCGCGUCGCGCGUUGGUAUAUCGCGACGUCGCAAAUUCCCAUUUCCCAUAGUCGCAGGACGCAGCAGAUUCGUAGACAUCAGUUCCACGGUGAUUACUACUACUAAGUUGUGCCACAAUCCUUGAAUUGCGCAAGAGUAAGACAGUCAUGGAAUCGUCAGACAGAAAGAACGUGUAUCUGAAAACCGGCGACAACUCCUUGAACUCUGGAAUGAGGGAGACUAUGAUCGUCGGCCAGGCUAAUAUGGCACCAGAGUGCGGUGGAGAGGGUGUGAUGAAGCCCAACAACGUGUCCAACGUUUCCACUAAUCAGACAAAGUGGUCUAAUAACGGCCCUAAAAAUUAUAUCAUCAAUGCAGUGCCGGUGAAGAACGAGAUUGUACAUCUCGAAGACGGUAAUGCGCAUUGCAACAGCAAGAAAAUGUAUUACUACGAUAGACACUACACCGGACACGAGGAGCCAGAGAGACCAACGCGCAGAGGAACGAAGAGAUACAGGGACAAAGAUGCACCGAAACGGGCACUAUCCGCGUUUUUCUACUUCUGCCAAGAGCUACGUGGCAAGAUGAGAGAGUUGCACCCCGAGAUGGGAGUGGGUGAUAUUGCAAAGGAAUUAGGAAAACUGUGGAUGAGUACGGAUCUACAGACGAAAUCCAAGUACAUGGCAAUCGCGGAGGAGGAUAGAGCCCGAUACGAAAGAGAAAUCAUCGCGUACAACAAGAGAGUUAAAAAUUACGACCCGGAAGAAGUUGGGACCGUAUAAGUUGUAAUAUGGACCCAUUAGGACGGACAAGGACGACAACCUUACUUUAAUUCGUGUACUCGAAUAUACUGCGGACGGAUGACAAGAGUCGAGACCUGCAAGCGAGUUUUACUACUAACCUAGAAUUAUCGUUGUAUAUAUUAUGUAUACUGUUGAUAUUGUCCGGAAAAGAAAGAAAUUGUCUCACAAAAAAUUCGGUUAUACUUACGAUGAUAAAAAAAGGAAAAGCCAAAUUCGAAA